GUGAUAAAGCCCAUAUUAUUUUUUACUCAUUGUUCGUUCACAGUUCUUUGAAAGUGCAGUAGUAUUUAGAUGAGAUAAGCUUCACAGAGUCAGGAGAAAUAUAUUAUUGUUAAUAAUUAAAUAAAAAGUUCUUCUGUAUAUAUACAUAUAUAUAUAUAUAUAUAUAUAUCUGAAUGCAAUAUGCGUAUUAAAUUUGUAUUCGUCUUAUUUAGGAUGUCCCACAGUAUAUAGGAAAAGAAAAUCGUCGCUUUUCAUUAUGUCGUUGCGUCAUACAGGUAGUACCGUCGCCUUCCAUUAUAGUGUCUGCGCUAUGAUCGGUACUGUCGGCUUCCAAUAUAGUGUCUGCGCUAUAAAGCCGGUACUGUCGUCUUCCAUUAUUAUAUAGAUCCUUAUCAAUGGCAACGCUGAAAGGGGAAAAUUUAUCAUAUCGAUUAGAAAGAUUUGAGAAUACCAUUGUCAUUUAAUCAAAUGUUUUUCAUAAAACACCUUACGUAAAAUUGCAACUAUUCUACUCAACAUCGUAAUAAUCGAUCGAUUCGUCGAUACUUAGAAAUCGAUUAUUAUUCGUCUAACGGACUAGUUCAUCGCGCUUUAAUCUUAUCAGAAUAGUAAAUUUAAUUCUAUCGGUAUAUAGAAUAGUAGAAAAAGAAAAACAAGUAAAAGAAUAAUAUUUUUGGAAAUAAAAGCGAUGGGCGAGGUGUUGAAAGAAUGGUUUAGAAAGACAUUAGGAGUGUUGAUGGAACUAACGCCGGAAUUGUUCGGACAUUACACGAGAGACGGCAAUAUGUUGGCUAAAAUUCUUCACACUUACGGGAUCAUCAAUAACGAUCAACUGGAUACGAUCAUUAAGACGGAAGAUCCUACUUUAUGUAGAGUGAACUUGAACUAUUUACGCGUUUGGUUACGUUUUAUCGGAGUUGACUGUACCGAAGAUUGCAUCAACGAGAUCAGCUGCGGCAAGGGCGCCACGGCACUUCAAUUAUUCUACAAAGUAUAUCUUUGCUUAGAGGGGAAAGACAAUUUGUACUUUGUCACGUUGCAAAAGGAACGAGAAAAAUAUAUUCCUAAUUCAAGGAAAUUCGACGUGAUACCUAUCCAGGAAGAAGCUACUCCUUACGAACCACCCGAUCAUCCUCUGUCGAAGCCUCUAACAAAGGCUUCCAGUACAAUAAAAUGGCAUCGUAAUAAGUUCCAAGAUGUAUUGAAAUCUUGCAGAAGAGAGAGAAAAAAGUUAGAGAGCUUGAAAUGGAAACCAUCGAAUAAAAUCGAUAUCAUUGAACCUAUCCUACCAAAAGUAUUUUGUGACACGACGAAGGGAGAUGAUAUUUUAAAAGAGAUGGACGAUUUUGCACGAAAGCAUCGCAUUAAAACGUCCAAACGUGACGUAUAUGAUCCCUGCCUGACCGAUCAAAUGUACGAUGAAAUAGAAAUAUCCGCGGAAGAUCCCGAGGCUGCAAAAGCUUACGUAUCCUGGUUGAAAGAUCGCAAAAGGAAAGAGAACGUCGAGAAUGCUGUAAAAUCAAGAAUGCAAAACAUGCUGCUCUCGGAACUUUGGAAAGCGUUGUCCGAUAAGCAAGAGAAAAUUUACGACGAGUCGCUCGCUCUUCGUGCAUUAGAUUAUUCUCAUUAUGAGAAACAAAUGAUAACUAAAUUGUUGGAGGUACGUAAUUACAAAAAUGUUGUAACCGAGAACAGAAAGAUCGUGAAUCAAUUGAUGAUGGACGCUAAGGAGAGCAAAAUGCGAAUGGAGGAGGUACGAAAGCGCGAGGAACUCUAUUGGGAAUCCGAGGAUGUUGACAGCGAGUAUCAGAGAUUGUGCGAACUACAUCGGAGGAUUCUUAAGGAGAAAUUAAAAAAAUUACGGGAAAAACACGAACGCAUAUGUCGAGAAGCCGUUCAAGAUUUGAUCGAUGUCGCGUUAAAGGUAGCCGAAUAUCGAAGCUCCAACGAAGGUUACGUACCAAAGGUUAUUUGGAAGGAAUGGAAGACGUUGUUUCUAAGAUGUCAACCUAUAUUCGAACCCUUCGAGGAUGAAUUUUUUAAAGACGAAGAGGGCGAGAGGAUAGAAGAGAUCGAAGAAAUUGUUCGUUCAUUGACGUACAGGGAAAAAGCUUUGAACGAAGCUAAUUUCGAGAGUUAUCAUACUUUGGAAUCACCGUGGGACGAUUACGUACCUCCGAUAGAGACUGAGAUCGAAGAAAUCAUGAAAUUGGGCGAACUCGUUUUAGGAUACAUCGUUCAUCGACUUUUAGAAUUCGUUUAUCCAUAUCCGAUUGGUCCCGUAGAACCUCCGGUCUCUAGGGUUAAAACAGCUGCUAUAAUAUUGGGCGUCGUAGAGCAAAGUUUGUACAAUCCUAUUCAAUUAUUAUUGAAAAAGAGCGGGAUUCGUUUGGUAUCGAUGAAGGACGCUAUUAAUUAUUGCUUGUUACGAUACAAGGAAGAAAUGUUGGACGUGAGAUACGUCGAUGCGAAUAUCGUUCGAGCUACCGAAGAAAUUUUUCAAAAAUCGACCGUAUCGAAACGCAAGUCCGAGGAUUCGAAGAAGAACACGUUUACGGCUCGAUCGAGGAAAACCCUUCGCUCUAGUAAAAUCUCGGCAAUGACUAAAGAUAAAAAUGAGAAAGGAAAAAAUGCCGAGAAAGAUUUGAAGGAGAAGGAAACUCAGACACCUCGUGUUAUACCUUACGACGACAUGGAUCCUAUCCUGUCAAAUGUUGCCUACGUUGGAAAAUGUACCUAUGAGUUUCUCAUCCUUGGUCAGCCGAUUUCGAACGAGCUUAGCACGCGAAUACUCUUGGAGUAUCUCAGGAGUCUCGUUGAUGUCGAAGGAUGGGCAUUGAUCGAUUAUCCGAAUAGUUACGAUCAGAUGGCUCGUUUGGAAUACGCUUUAACAGGUCGUAAAAUUCCACCGGAUCCGACUGUCGUAAACUUCGAUAACGUUAACAACAUCGAGGAAAUCGAUCCGGUUUCACCGAGGAUAGUUUACGAGGAUACUGAAAUCGACGACUACGCUAUUUACAGGCAAUCGAAACUUUUGCCAAAUCCGAUCACGAAGAGAGAGAUCUCGGAUACGACGACGUCGAGGACCUUCAUGACGGCUUACGUCAGGGCAAUACCAAAGCCAAAGAAUCUCGACGUAGACCCGAACAAUCUGGUAGAAGUCUUGUCCGAAGAUGCGACCGUUCUUGACGAGUUUUAUGCCGAUCAGAGUGUCGCGUACGUCGUCUAUUACGAUUACUUCGACAUACACACGAUAAAGAAAAUUGCCAGGCUCGUGAUCGGAGAAAAAUCCCUACCGAGGAUCCCUUCCGUAGAGCUCUUCGGGAAUGUUGUCGCGUCGUUGGAAGAAGAAGAAGAAGAAGAAGAUAAAAGUUUGAAUAGAAAAGCGUUCCUCGAGAAGAAGUCUAUUGCCAGACGGAUUCUAUCCAAGCCGACUAUCGUCUCGAAAGAGAAAGAAGAAGAAGAAGAAGACGAAGGGAGGGAGGAGGAGGAGGAGGAGGAGAAAAUGAAAAUAGACGUCGAAGCUUCUGGAGAUUACAUCGAUGUUUCACGAGCACCAAAACCCGGAGAAGAUGGAUGGGAAUGGAUAGAUUUUCCACAGAGUCCGGUAUUGCUCGAUGCCCUGGCUACUCUUUGGGAAAACAUUGAAGAAAUUUACAUCGUCGAUCUGAUGGAAAUUUUCUCGUUAAAGAGAACACACUCCUCGGCUAUCGUACCUUACAAGGAUUUCGUAAUGAGAAACAUGAAGGAAUUCAUCGAGAGACCCGACACCAAGCAGAUUCUCUUGGAAGAAUUUCAACGUUCGUACAACGACGACAUAAGCGAGGACAUGAGAGACGACGAGGAAGUUAAAUGCGAAUUGCAUUGCCGUCUAACUGACUUUCAAACUCAACUAUGGAAUAUUUGUGAUUCGAGAAGGUUAGAGGCCGAAGAGGAACGUCAGAAGAUCGUUCGUGAAGGUUGGACCGACGUUGAAGCCGUGACUCUCGUUAAUAUAUAUAUCUCGAUUCUUCAGGCCGAAAUCGAUCGAUCCGUCGAUACUCUUCAAAUGAUUCAAGAUUAUUAUACGAGCAUGCUUCAAAAGCCGAUUCAAGAAUCGAGAUUAUCGAAAAUUUUACUCGACAGAUUGAAGAUAUCGCAAAAGGAUGAGGUGUCCCAUCUACCGAGCUAUAAGCUAUCUCAUUUUCACAUAGAGAAAGAUAAAAAAAAUAAAAAGGAUACUAAAUCGAGAAUUGAUUCGGAGAGAUUCGAUUAUGUCAAACCUAUUAUUGAUCCGAACGAGAUCACUCGUGAGAUCACGAAUUUAUUCGUCAACGUCGAAGACGCGACGACAAUUUUCGAUUCAUCCGAGAGCAUCGUUUACAAAGCUAUUUUCGACAAUGUCGAUUACGUUAGUAAUUUUUUACAAUUUAUCGCAACCAUUGUCGAUGAUGCAUUAAAAAAGGAAGAGAAUAUUCUGACAACCACAGAAAAAUCCAGAGAAAGAACAUGGAGAAAGGGUGAACUUUCGGCCGAUCCUGUCCUUGAGAAAUUGAGAACGAGAGGUCAGGAUCUUAUUCAAGAAUGGCGAUACGCUACUCUCUACGAGGUCAAUCGUAUGAGGAUCAGGUUAAAGGUACUUUUAGCCGCCGCCGAAGCUGACGUUGCUUUUCUCCUCGACACGAUGAGAUUCGUCUUUCGUCGGACCUACGAACGAAUAGUCGACAGGUACUGUUGUUUACGGGAGGGAGGCAAAAAGAAAAAAAAAAAAAAAAAAAGAAAAUAUAGAUAUAGAAAAGAGAAGAAUAGCGUGGACGAUAUGAUAAAGAUCUUUUGUUUCGCCAUCGAAGAAGAGAAACCGAUUCAAGAAGAAUUAAUAUUGGACGGUGAAAAUUUCUACGUUAGACCCGACGUUUUGAUGUUUCCAACGAAACCCGAGCCACCACCGAAAUUAACGAGAGAAACGAUAAAACCAUCUCUAUUCACGAUCUCCCAAUUGGGUCGUCUGAUGAACGUCUUUAGGACAAUCGCACCGAGUGGAACGUUGCCCGAACGAUCUCUCGUUUAUGUUCUUCAAGACAUGAUAUCUUACAACAAGGAGGAAGAAGACGAUGGUUAUGGAUCGAUGCCGGUUCCCAUGUGUUGGCGACUUUUGCGUUCUUGCGACGUUUCAAAACUCGUAGAGAAUAUAUUCGGUCGUUGCGAGUACGUAGAUUGGCGUGAAUUCCUUAUAUACGCUAUGGAUCUUCCUACGCCAACACAGGAAGAUAUUCUAUGCGCUCGCGAUAGAUAUAGAACGUUAGAUCUCGAUUCGAAAGAGAUCGUGACGAGAGAUCAGUAUCGUUCUGUACCAUUAUGGUUCUUCAAAUAUACGUAUUAUGAUAGUUCAUCGGACAUUCAGCAUAUAUUAUUCGAUGAUUUUCAAAGAUCAUUCGAAGAAUUAUUCGAAGAGGAAAAGGAUUUCGUUAAUCCUGACAAAUUGUUGGGCACUAUCAUUCCGGAAAGGGCAAUGGAUUACGUGCGUUCCUUGAGAGUUUCUAGGGGAAUUAAUGACGAUGUACUAUUAGAGGACGAGGAGGAGAAGAUAAUGGUCCAGAGGGAUGCCGAGGAGGCUUUGAGACUCAUGUUGGCGAAAGAGUUGCUUUGUCAGAUGUACUUGAUCGAUCGAUAUUCGGUCAAUUAUACAGCUUUGCUCUUGGCAUUUUGCAAGGACGAGGAUCCUCGCGAGGGACUUGGAAAGGCACUCUCGUUAGCUAUCGGGGCUAGAGUGUGCACGGACUUCGAAGAGGGAGAGAAAUACGCCGAGAGGAUACUCAAAGAGAAACUAUUAUCCGUCCAAUUGGAAUCUAUGAAACGUCUUUUGCACGAAGAAGCAAUUCAAGUAAUAUUAAUUAAUACACUCUUCAAAAUCACCUUUGACAGCAAAAAUGAACUUGAAGCUUCUAGUAUGAUGUUUGAGAGUUAUCAAGAAUUUGAAGAACGAAUCGAAAGAGAGAUGAUUCAUUGGCUGCCGUUCCACGUUUGCAUGGCAGUUUUAUUGGCUACCUUACCCUGGCACGCUUCCCAACCAGAUCUCUUUCAAACGACGAAAACUCUUCCUCAAUUAUUGCGUGACGUUUACGAUGACCUUUACGACGAAGAGCUGUCGAACGAAAAAGACAUAGUAUUGUCGCAUCGUUUCUUGAAUCACAAUUUCAUUAUCAAAUUGUUGAAUAGUACGAGCAAGUUCGUUGUCAAACAUCUCGGUAAUUUGUUUUCUGAAAUAAUAACGGAGGAACGGGAAAGGAAUCCUUGACUCCUCCAUAAACUUAUUAUUAUUAUUUCUUUUUUUUCCUUUCACUUUUUUUUUGUCCUUUUUCUUUUUUUUUCCGUUCGUUCGCUUUCCUUACCUAUUGUAAAUAAAUUCGAAGAACAUUUAAUUACGAUUCGAUGUAUCUACAUAUCGUUCUUUUUAACAGAAUUUAUUCUUCUAUUACAUCACGCGCAUAAAAUAGAGAUGAGAAAAAGCAAGAUCUUACGUACACGAGGAUGUAUAAUAAUAUAUUUUCUACGUUCGAAUCACAUAUCAAAUAUUAUUUCUUUUUUUUUCCUCGUUUCUUCGAGAUAUUUGCGAAAUAAAUAUCAAGGAAUAUAAAUCUGCCAAUGGCGUAGAUUAGAAUCGACGAUGAUCCUCGUGUACGGCUCUUGCACACCUUUUUUUCUUUUUCCUUUUCUUUUUAUAAUAUUAUUCGUUUUUAAUAAAUUGUAUUUUAAUAAUAAAUUGGCGAUGUGAAUGACGAUACGUUUCUCUGUUCAUACGUGGUAUGUAACUGCAUUUACGUUAAAUACGUCUUCUCUCUCGUAUAUCUCAAAGAAUUGCUUACGUUUAUAUAAAUACUUAGCAAUUUAACUUACAUCGUAUUUAGAUUUAAUCGCUAUUUCGUUUUUGCUGAUUGAUAUUAAUUUUCACGCGUUUAAUGAAAAAAGCCACGGGAGCUGAUGAACGUACGAUCGAAUCGAAAGUUUCCUUCCCAUUAUACAAUUAAACGCAACAAAUCUACUUUUUGCAAUAUUUUUUCAUAUUUAUAAUCUAUAUAAAUAAAAUAACGAGAGGUAUUGUAUAUACUUAUAUUGUAUAUGUACAAUUUCGUAACAAUAAACGAUAACACAAAAAGACGAGAAAAAGAAAGAUAGGAAAAUAAAUGUACCUAAAUACAAAAAUAAAUUCUACAUCACAAUCUGUCAAAGAUCUUUUCUUUUUUUGAUCUUUCUUUUUUUUCUUCUUCUUUUUUCCUUUUUUUAAUUCGAUCCAAAGAAAAUAUCUACGUAUUUCAGCUCUCGCGAAGUAUAUCAUUGUGGGUCAAUAAAUUUUUAUAAUGUAUUAUGUUUCUCUUACUUCAUGGUUUAGACAAGUUGUUUGAAAUGAUACAUGCCGAAUAAUGAGAAUGCACUUUAACAAUUUAGCCGGACGCGAAUGUCUUAAUGUUCAUUAAUUAAUGUCUUUUACACAUGCGCGCCCGCGCUCUCUACCUCUCUCAUUCUAUAGCUCUCCCUUCUCCUUUUUUUUCGAUAAUUAUAUUUAUACGUUUGCUAUUAUAUAAGUUAUAAUAUAUAUAUACACAUAUAUAUAUGUAUUUAUGUGUGUAUAUAUAUAUAUAUAUAUAUAUAUAUAUAUAUAUUUAUAUAUUUAUAUUAUUUGUAAAUCCACGCGAUGAAAUUUUGCCUCUCAAUUGCGUUGCGUGUGAAUCAUGGAAAAUGGAAGCGUCGAUGAUCCAAAAGGAAGCUUAUCUUCAUUUCUUUUUCAUUAUUUUCUUUCUUUCUUCUCUUUCCUAUCCUCUUACUCUCUCCUUUUUUUUUUUUUUUCUUUUAUUUUUAAUCUCAUUUGAUAUUUUAUUUCAUUGAUAUCUCGUGCAAACGGGCGACACGACGUAAAGCGAACGUCCACGGUAUCUGUGGACACUGCAUUCGCGAUUUUUAAAAGUUGUUUUAUAUAAAAAAAUAGAAGUGUGUGUGUGCGUGUGUACGUAUGUAUGUGUGUGUGUGUGUGUAUAUAUAUAUACAUAUAUAUAUAUACAUAAUAAUAUAAUGACUAAUUAUAGGCUAAGUAAAUUCUUUUUCCAAGCAUAUCCUAAAGUUAUUUAGCUUAAUUAAGUAGAUAGACGACGUUCCGCGAUUGGAAAAAAUUAUUUCUUCUUCCCGUUCCAUGUCUUUUUUGUGUGAUAAUCAUACUUUUUAUGUUUUUUCUUUAUGCUUUUUUUUGUGUUUUAUCUUUUUCUCUUUUUUUUUUGUUUUUUUUUUUUUUUUUUUGUUUUCAAUUUAAACAGGAAGAAGAUUCGGAAUGAGAUCCAGAGAUAACGUGGACGUCUUUUUGUUUUAUUUAAUUCUAAGGAAUUUUUUAUCCGACCAAAUUACCGUCGUUCAUGCACUCAAUCAUAAAAAUUCCAUGCACACGCUCUCUCUCUCUCUCUCUCUUCCUUGUUAUUCAUUCUUUUUUUUUUUUUUUUUUUUUCUUAGAUUCACUUUCACUCUCUCCUUUGGCACGUCAACUCUUUCGUUACAU